UACUGGGUCCAAUCUUCUGUCUCAGAUAUUCUUGCUAUGACAGAUGAAACAGUUACAGCAUUUGCAGACUACAGAUCUGCAAGAUCCUGCGCCUCCAUUUAUCACUUCGUACGGCAAUAAUUGUUGUGUCAUAAUUAUUAUGAAAAUAGCAGGGAUUAGAGCAGAAAAAAUGCUCCGCAACUAGAGGAAGACACAACUCGAUUUUGUUACCUCUGUCCUCGUAGAAACAAUAGAAAAGCGAAAAAAAGGUGCAAUACAUGCCAGAUGCCGAUUUGCCCCGAACACACAAGUAAAUAUAUUUGCUCUAGCUGCC